CAUCUGGGCAGUAAACAAAGGACAUUAAUGAGUUUAAAGAUUUUUUUUUUAAUCCAUGACUUUUGGACACUUAUUUAAAAGAUUAUUCUCCGGGGAAUGAAGUGAGGCCUUGAGAAUCUUAUAAUUGAGUUUCUGAUCCAAAGUAGAUCUUAGGAUUCUCCCAGCUAUAAAUUUAAAGAUGUCUUUUUUAUGCCCACCUGAAAUAUUCAUGCUGUGUGUCUCUAGGACUCUUCAAACCUAUUCCUGACUCAAAGAAAGCCUGAGAAAAAAAUCUAAGCUGUUGUGAACACCGAGGCCUGAUUAUGGAAGAGCUGAUAAUAUGGUUUAUUAAUUACUCAGGCUGCUCACUCCUGCCCUUCCUGUGUUCCUUGCUGUGCUAUUUGUCUUCUUCCGGGGACAUAACACCUUCAUUAAAUCCCAUCCGUCCUUGCCUUAGAGUUGUCCCCUGGAAGAUAGGCCCCCUCUAGAUGCAUCACCAUUUAUCAUCACCCUUUGUUGGUGCUCUGUCAACCAGUUUUCAAUUUAUUUUGAAUUCAGUUUAUGAUUAAAAUUUAAUGAGAUCCAAUCAAGUGCUUUUCUGAAAUCAAGAUGCCUCUGCAGCCUCAUCUGUAUCCUCUAUUGUCAUGGCGUGAAGAAAAGCCAUGGCAGAUUUCCAGCCUGGCGAUGCCGUACGGAACACAGGUGGCCUGCUUCCAUGCCUCCUCAGUUUCAAGAAGCUAGAAUGAGCCGAAGCAUUCCUGUGGAGGUUGAUGAAUCAGAACCAUACCCAAGUCAGUUGCUGAAACCAAUCCCAGAAUAUUCCCUGGAAGAGGAAUCAGAACCACCUGCUCCAAAUAUAAGGAACAUGGCACCCAACAGCUUGUCUGCACCCACCACGCCUCACAAUUCUCAAGCUCACCCAACCCUGAAACUUGCAAAUCACCAGCGGCCUGUAUCCCAGCAGGUCACCUGCCUGCGCACUCAAGUUCUGGAGGACAGUGAAGACAGCUUCUGCAGGAGACACCCAGACCCAGGCAAAGCUUUCCCCUCUGGGUCCUCUGCAGUCAGCGAGUCUGAGUCUGUGGUUGGAGCCCUCCCUGCAGAGCAUCAGUUUUCAUUUAUGGAAAAACGUAAUCCAUGGCUGGGAUCUCAGCUUUCAGCAGCUUCUCCUGACACUGGCCAUGACUCAGACAAAUCAGACCAAAGUUUACCUAAUGCCUCAGAAGACUCCUUGGGCGGUAGCCAGGAGAUGGUGCAACGGCCCCAGCCUCACAGGAACCGAGCAGGCCUGGAUCUGCCAACCAUAGAUACGGGAUAUGAUUCCCAGCCCCAGGAUGUCCUGGGCAUCAGGCAGCUGGAAAGGCCCCUGCCCCUCACCUCCGUGUGUUACCCGCAGGACCUCCCUGGACCUCUCAGGUCCAGGGAGUUCCCUCAGUUUGAACCGCAGAGGUAUCCAGCAUGUGCCCAGAUGCUACCUGCCAGUAUUUCCCCACAUGCUCCAUGGAACUAUCAUUACCGUUGUCCUGGAAGUCCCGAUCUCCAGGUGCCAUAUGGCCAUGACUACCCUCGAGCAGCCUACCAGCAAGUGAUUCAGCCGGCUCUGCCCGGGCAGCCCCUGCCUGGAGCCAGUGUGAGAGGCCUGCACCCUGUACAGAAGGUUAUCCUGAAUUAUCCCAGCCCCUGGGACCAAGAAGGGAGGCCUGCACAGAGAGACUGCUCCUUUCCAGGGUUUCCAAGGUACCAGGACCAGCCAUACCACCAAACACCUAAUAGAGCUGGUGCUCCUGUGGAGUCCUUGGAGUCCCCUGCAGAGCUGAGACCACAUGUUCCCCAGCCUCCGUCCCCAGCUGCUGUGCCUAGACCCCCUAGCAACCCUCCAGCCAGAGGAACUCUAAAAACAAGCAAUUUGCCAGAAGAAUUGCGGAAAGUCUUUAUCACUUAUUCGAUGGAUACAGCUAUGGAGGUGGUGAAAUUCGUGAACUUUUUGUUGGUAAAUGGCUUCCAAACUGCAAUUGACAUAUUUGAGGAUAGAAUCCGAGGCAUUGAUAUCAUUAAAUGGAUGGAGCGCUACCUUAGGGAUAAGACCGUGAUGAUAAUCGUAGCAAUCAGCCCCAAAUACAAACAGGAUGUGGAAGGCGCUGAGUCGCAGCUGGACGAGGAUGAACAUGGCUUACAUACUAAGUACAUUCAUCGGAUGAUGCAGAUUGAAUUCAUAAAACAAGGAAGCAUGAAUUUCAGAUUCAUCCCUGUGCUCUUCCCAAAUGCUAAGAAGGAGCACGUGCCCACCUGGCUUCAGAACACUCACAUCUACAGCUGGCCCAAGAAUAAAAAAAACAUCCUGCUGCGGCUGCUGAGGGAGGAAGAGUAUGUGGCUCCUCCACGGGGGCCUCUGCCCACCCUUCAGGUGGUUCCCUUGUGACACCGUCCAUCCCCCGAAGACUGGGGCCAGGCCAUGUUUGGGCCCCUCUUCGGACAGUGUUCUAGCUGAGGCUGGUUGGUAGCACUCCUGGCUGUUUUUUUUCUCUGUUCCUCCCCAGGAGGCCCGCUGGCCCCCAGGAAACCUGUUGUGCAGAGAGCUUUUCCCUGGAGACCUCCACACACCCUGGCUCUGAAUUGGAGUCUACGGCUGCUCUGCAUUCUCUGCUUUAAAAAAAAACAACCCAUUGCAGGUGCCAGUGUCCCACAUGUUCCUCCUGACAGUUUGACAUGUCCAUUCUGGGCCUCUCAGUCCUUAGCAAGUAGAUAAUGUAAGGGAUGUGGCAGCAAAUGGAAAUGACUACAAACACUCUCCUGUCACUUCUGGCCACUUUUAUGAGUUAGCCAGAUGCUUAUAUCUCCUCGGAGCAAACUGAUUCGUGUACAAAUAAUAAAAUGUUUACUCUUUUGUAA